AUGAACCACCGCAUGAAUUCCUUACAAUUGGGGCGUCGCGGCCAGAGUGGCCUUGGCUUGAGCAUCCCGGGACUGAAUGUGGACAUUGAGAUGCUUGUGCAGAGCACGCAGGGCUCGGCCAUGCACUUUGGCCGCAAGUCGUCGAAUGAGAAAUUCCACGGCUGGCUCUGGAAAAAGUCCGGUCGCUUCUCCAAGUGGCGGAAUCAGCACUUUGUGCUUGACGGCGCCUUGCUCACGUACUACGACACGUUUCCGACGGACCAAUUCGUCUCGGAAUCCUCGCUGAUGCCGAUUCAAGGCGACAAUUUAUUCACGACCAAGAGCGAGUCGACCCCUGCUGGUGCUGUCCGCGUGGCGCACGUGGAGACGUCGCCCAAGUCCAAGAUUGCGUUCAAGGUGUAUGCAGUUAGUGGCAAGAUCAUUGAUGUUCGUGCAAAGAACGACACGUUGUGCAGGCAAUGGGUGGACCGACUGAACGAGGCCGCGGCUCUGGCCAAGCGUCAAGAGUCGCUGAACAAUAGUACGACCAGUACUGCCUCAUCGACCAUUUCUAUGGGCUACUCGGAUUCUGAGCUGGAAAUGCAGUGCAAUAUUGUGGACAAGAGCGGGUGGUUGGAAGUGGGCGAUCGCAAGUCAAAGCGAGCACGAUUUUGUGUGAUGCAGGGCAACAUGUUCACAGUGUACGAUACAGAGGACGCGUGGGCUGUGCCGCUCAGUCGUGCUUACGUGACUCAUGCCGAGAAGAUCAGUGAGGCAACUUGUGAGUUUUCAGUGUCAACAUCUGCUGGCAAAGUCAGUAAGACGCUGAUCUGCAAGGCACGGUCGCAAGACGAGAUGCACAUGUGGAUGGAGGCGUUGAGCAGUGCGUUUGAUUAA